CGUGGAAACUGGAAAUUGAGAAGGAGAAGAGCUUAGCGAGCGCAUCGCAGGGGUUUUCGUUAUCCAUUGUAUCUCUCGCUCUGCAUCUUUCGUUGGUUCUCCUUUUUGGGGUUUUAUCUCUUCUCGAAUUAGGGUUUUUGGGCGACCAAUCGUUUUGUGCAAGGUCGAAGCCAUGGUUUCUGAUUCAAUCAUCAACGGUCAGGCUGCUGUGUCGUCAAAGGAUUUCGCGAAGAAAAAGAGGGCAAACAGAACUGCCAAAUUGAAGCAAUGCAAGCUUGAUGCCAGACGCGAGCAAUGGCUUUCUCAAGUCAAGAACAAGGGAUCGAAAGAGGAAUCGAAUGGUGCAGGUGGAUCUCCUCAAUCUCCUUUACCUGUGAGCGAUGAGCGGAAAUCGUCCCUGGACAAUUUAGACACGAGGUCAAGAGGAGAGGAAUCUAGCCUUCAUGACAGCGACUUCGAUUCCAUGGCCAAUAGUCCGACUAGUAACGUAUUGGGGGGUAAUGACUUGGGGAAGGAUCGCCCUGGGACUAGUAGCAGCAGUAGCAGCAGCAGCAUCAGCAGCGGAUGUUGCUCUGGCAACGUCAGCGAGGAGGACGAUGAUGGUUGCUUGGAUGACUGGGAAGCUGUUGCCGAUGCCUUAACGGCAAACGAGAAACAGCAACACCCGACCACUGAAACUCCAGCUCAACCUGAAAUCCCAAUUGCAUCAGCCGUUCCUCCUGAAUCGACCAAUGAAACCUCUGAAGCGGGCACUUUGAAACCGGAAUCCAAGGGAACCGUCCCCAGGUCCGCGCCCAACGGUCGUGCAUGGAGGCCUGAUGAUGUCUUCCGUCCGCAGAGUCUGCCUAAUCUCUCAAAGCAGCAUAGUUUUCCAACCAACGCGGAGAGGCGUUGCGGUCGUGGAACCAUUAACUGGGCCUGCCACAGUUUUAAUUCACAGCCUUCUUCGUGCCCUAUCUGCUACGAAGAUCUUGAUGUCACGGACUCUAGUUUUCUACCAUGCUCAUGUGGAUUUCGUCUCUGUUUGUUUUGCCACAAGAGGAUUCUUGAGGCUGAUGGGCGUUGUCCUGGCUGCAGGAAGCAAUACGAUGUAGACUGGGAGAUGGGUGUGAAUGGAGGAAUCUGUUGGGACAGAUAUGGUUAUGGGAGCAUUGGAGCAAUCCCAAAAUGAUGGUUGUAUUUUCUGUUCUGUUUUUUUCUUUUCCUGCAUUAGGAAUAGUAUGUAUUUAGAUUUAAUCUGUUCCCUAUUGUUUCUAAUCCAUAUGUUAACAGAAUUGGUUUAUAGAUUUGAUGCAAUAUGUUGUUGUUGCUGCUCUUUUGUAUACAGUUUUUCAUUAUGUCCGUAGAAAUUGGUUCCACUUUUGUUGUGAUAAUUAAUACUUCCAUAGUAUGCUGAUGCAUUGGUGGCAAAUGGCUUAUGACGUUGUAUGACUAUGUGUUUUAUGUGCACUUCAUUUUUGUUAUAGUAUUUUUCUCCUAUUCUUUUGAUGGUAGAUGUGAUAAAAGAAGCCAAUGCGUUAUUGCUUGUAUCAUAUCAGGGUUUCACAAACAACUGAGCUAAGGCCAAGAAGUACUUCAAGUUCCACUUUGGUUACUGUAAUACUACUCUCCAAGGGUUAUGAGGUUUGGAGUUGAGCUACCGAAGUUGCUUUCUAGCUCUUGCAGAGGAUAUCCCUUGGUAAUUUUGUAAAAGUUUCAGUCAUCACAAGCCACAACCAUGAUAGGGGG